AUGGCGCAUAGCCCGGCAGAGUUGGAAGUUCCCCUGGACGCUGACCAAGCUGGAGACCAGGGGAAAGGUGUUUUGAGGCGUUGCAGAGGACGACCCAGGCUCACAGACUCCGACCGGGUUCAGAGGCGUCUUGAAUCCCGAAAGAAGUAUGAUGUGAGGAGGGUGUACCUGGGAGAGUCGCACAAGCUGUGGAGUGAGCUCCGCAGGCGGACCAGUCUGAGUGAUGCUGGACUGGCAGAGUAUCUGAUCCUGCUCAACUCCACCUAUGGAGAAAAAUACCAGCAGAAAUACUGCGGGAAGACGAUUUCUCCAGAAGUUUCAGUAAAACAGAAAAAAGGCAGGAAGGAGCGUGUGUCCAGCCUCCAGAGCCUGGUGUGUUGGUACCAGGAGCACUCCCACUCCUGCCCUCACGAGCCCCAGCUCAGAGCCCUGGAGCCCCAGCUCAACUUCUCCACCGCUGCUAUCUGGCAAUGUGACUCUAACCACUCAUUUGUGCAAUACCUUUUCUCACCACCGAAGGCAAGUGACUCUGAACAUGAAGAGGAAGUGAACAGAGAAGACGAUAGAGAGAGCGCAGCAAAAACAGACGUGCCCAUGGCUAAAGGCGUAGUGAGCAGGAAGAGAAGAAAGGAGGCUCACAAACAGUUCAAAGAUGCAGGAGAAAAUGUGGAUGUUUCCGAGGUACAAAAUACAUCCAUGAGCCCAAUAGAACAGGCUGCAGCUCUGAACCAGCAGCCCAGUAUAGAGGCCUCCUCCAAGGAUGCUCCCCUGACAGGACAGCCUGUCUGGGAGAUGGAGAUGGUCAUGGAGCGACAGCAAGGCUCCCCCGCAGCAGCAUUUCACUCCAUCCCCUCAGAGGAGGAGGCUGAGGAGGCGGGGGAUCUCAGGCGAGACAGAGAAGAAGAAGAGAUCAGGACUAUACCGCACGGUUACGAGUGUGUUACUGUGACGGCUUCCUUAGCUGAUAAACUGGAGAAGACGGAUGAGGACUCGGUGCUGUCACAGAGCUUGAGUGGCUCAGUCCGACUGGGGGCUCAGGCGGAGCUGUCAGUCCCGCCGCCCAUGCAGAUACAAGAGCAGAGCGAGCUGUUUGACCCUCAGACUCUGCAGACGGUGGUGACCAGCUGUGAGAUUCCUGACCAGAGGACCACUUUGGAAGGCUCGCAGUUAAUUAUCAUCACUGGCCCAAGCUAUGAGGCCCUGGCGUCAGAGGGCAUCCAGCUCAACGUGGGCGGCGGAAACGUGGAGGAAGUCACCUGCACUGUCAUCGGGGGUGUCACCUACAACCAGGUUUGCACGUCUGACUCAAAACUCAGAACAGCAGAGGAUGAAGACUCCAUGACAGGUCUGAGUGCCAAACAGCUGCUGCAGCCCACUGUUGACGCUUUGGAGCUGAGUAGUGACAGAGAGCUGCAGCGGAGUCUGAGCAGUGUCAGGUCAAAGAGAAACAGACGAGGCCCAGUCAUUGAGGCGGAUGGGAUGCUCAAGAUGUUCCACUGUCCAUACGAAGGCUGCAGUCAAGUCUAUGUAGCUAUUAGCAGCUUUCAGAAUCAUGUCAACCUAGUUCACAGGAAAGGGAGGACCAAGGUUUGCACCCAUCCAGGCUGUGGGAAAAAGUUCUACCUGUCAAACCACCUGCAUCGACAUAUGAUCAUCCAUUCAGGCGUCAGAGAUUUCAUCUGUGAGACGUGUGGAAAGUCGUUUAAGCGUAAGAAUCACCUGGAGGUUCACAGGCGGACCCACACAGGAGAGACACCACUCCAAUGUGAAAUCUGUGGCUACCAGUGUCGCCAGCGUGCGUCCCUGAACUGGCACAUGAAGAAACACACUCCAGAGGCCCACUACAACUUCACCUGCGAGUUCUGUGAGAAGAGGUUCGAGAAGCUGGACAGUGUCAAAUUCCACAAGCUGAAGAGCCACCCGGACAAGCAGGCAAUCUGAGGUGUUCAGACACUAAACAAGUACAGGUUGGCCCGUUGAAACCAAAGGAAGACUCCCAGCGAAGAGACGGACUCUCCUUUGCUCCUUUGUUUGUCUUGCCUCUCAUGUCCAGGAUGAUAUGAACAUCACAAGCAGUGGAUAAAGGCAAACCUGGACCAUUCAAUCAGCUGUGCAGGACACAAGCUGUUUCAGAGUACAUGGCCCGAACAUGGGUUUUGAACACAUUUGGUACAGUGGGGGAAAAAAAGAUGAAUCCACUGUUGAGUAUUGAUGUCCAAUUGAUCAUUCGCUAAAUCCCUCCCCCAAACAGCUCAUAGCUUUGGAUUUCUCUACAUGUUGAAGUGGUGUGCAUGGCUAUAGUAAGAGAGAUACUCUCUUAUUUUAAACCUCUCCAAAACCAAAAUCACAAGAGCAAAAGUGUAAGGAAUAGACAGAAGUGAACGGAAUAAAGCCUGUUUAUCUGCUCUAACGUAAGCUACAAACAUUAGCAUGGCUGGCUAGCUGUCUUACUACCUACAAUAGUAACCUGUCAUUAGUUCCAAUGGCAGCAGCAUUUCAUACAACAUAAUUUUAUGGUGUUACAGGUUACGUAAAAAAAUAAAAACCCCUGUUCAUGAUAGCACAUCCACUGUGUAGUAUUUCCCCACUGUGUGGGAGCCAGUCCAGGAUGGCACUAUCAGAGGCUAACGUUAGCAGCUCCGUAUUGGAUUUGGGAAAGUUUCCAUUCUAGCAUCCCCGGCUAAACUUGUUAUCCGAGCUAGUGUUACGUUCACCAAAACACAUUGGUUAGUUCUCAUCCUAAAAUCCUUUUCUCUUGCAAUGUUAAAAGUAAAACAAACUUAUUGAAAAUAUGAAUACGAAUAAAGCAUAAAUCUAACCUCUGUCGUGCUUGUCUGAGUGUGUAAGCUAAGUGGCUAACGUUAAGCAGGGUUGCGUUAGAACAAAAUAACAGUCUAAUCGCAUUUUUCUUUAUCACACUUAAAAUACUAGUACUAACUAGCUCUGUACUGCAAUACAAGAACAGGAUCAUCAUCUGGUGCAGAUGCUGAUUUGUUUGCCUGGGACAUGCUGCUUUAGCCUCAAUCUUUUCAUGAAUGAAGCCAUCAAGUUCUUAUGACCCUCUUACGGGGUUCUUGUGUUUAAACGAGUUAGUUUGAGACGUUAAAAAGUCGAACGGAGACAGCGUUUUCAGCCAACUCCUGUAGCUCAUGUUAACUAGCUAGUUACAGCUGAUAACAACUGCCACGUCUUUUUUCUACCUCUGUCUGAAAUCAUGGAACCAUUGUUUCGAAAAAAAGUCAGUGGUAAAUCUGUCACCAUUACCACUGUAAAGUGCAUAUGCACUGUGCAAGAACAAACUUAUUGAACGGUCAAUUAAACGUUUGAAAGAAAAUAUUUUCAAUUAAAGGAAACAUUUUUGUAGGCCUUGGAAAGUGUUCUGCAGUGAUGUAAGGGGCACAUGCUUUGUAUUAAAUGGGUUUAAACAUGCAAAACACUGGUGGUAUGGUCCACUAAAGAUUAAGUAUGAUUUUAAUUAUGAUUGCUCGGUCCAUAAAUACACCACAAAGACAGCUUACUGACAUACCGGUGUGGUGGGUAAAUAGUAAGAUAUCACUGCUUAUGUGUGUUAAAUAUACUUGAAAUUAAGGCUGUGAAGAGAUUUGAUUUGACCGUUGCCUGUACGGACACAAAUGUAGGUUCUUCCAUUUUAGUCAUUCAAAAAUUGAGCAUCUGUUGUGUGGGCCAGGAGAGCAGUCUUAAUCUUACUAUACUAUUAUCUGUUUUCACCAAACCAGUGUCCUGACUCACAGGCACUGAUGAGAAAUCCUGUGAGUUUAAUGUGACAAUUUCUCAGGAAAAUUAACCUCAGUCCUCUUGUGUCCCUUUCUUGUGUUCUGUCUGUACUUAUGUUUCUAAGCAAAUGCACUCUUUCUCUCCCCUGUCAGUUUUGUUAACCGAUGAAUCACUAAAAUAUGUGAAUAUGA